UGCGUGUUUCCGGAAGACGUGGCCGCCGCCGGUCCCGGUCCCGCUCCCGCCCGUCCCGCUGCCGCCGCCGGUGCCGCCGCCACCAUGAUCUCCCUGUCCGACACGCAGAAGAUUGGAAUGGGACUAACAGGCUUUGGAGUGUUUUUCCUCUUCUUUGGAAUGAUACUCUUCUUUGACAAAGCUCUUUUGGCUAUUGGAAAUGUUUUAUUUGUGGCCGGCUUGUCUUUUGUUAUCGGUUUAGAAAGAACAUUUAGAUUCUUCUUUCAAAAACACAAAAUGAAAGCAACGGGCUUCUUCCUGGGUGGUGUGCUCAUAGUUCUCAUUGGUUGGCCUUUAAUAGGAAUGAUCCUGGAGAUUUAUGGGUUCUUCCUAUUGUUCAGGGGGUUCUUUCCUGUGGUGGUUGGCUUUAUUAGAAGAGUUCCAGUUCUUGGAUAUCUCUUGAAUUUACCUGGUAUAAGCUCGCUUGUAGAUAAAGUUGGAGAAAGCAACAACAUGGUAUAAUGACGAGAGGGUGGAAGACUGACCUAAACUUUUACUGUAUUAUUUAUAAAAUCCCUUUGAAGAAUACUCAGCACAAAGAUUAAGUUGUGUACAAAGGAAAAAGCUUGUUACAUUCUUUACAUAACAGUUUUAAUUUAAAAUGUAUAGUCAACAACAUACAUUAGAAAAGAAGCUCAGCAAGUAUGCUUCUAGGAAAGUAACUCCAGAGUUCGGGAAGUAAACUGAAGAGGGGAAAGUCAUGGAAUAAACCAUUUUACAACCGUUCAAGACUAUUUUUGUUGGUUUUGGAAAACAUGCUAGAGGCAACAAACCCUUGUGGGAAUUAAUGGUGCCUGUUUUUUACCUCCUUAUUUUGAAGGUGUAGUAGAGCAAACAGGCCUACCUUUUUAAGGGUGACCCAAAUUUACCCAACCCUCUGCUUGCUAUCCUCAGAGUGCAAAAAAUCAAACAGGAAACUUCUUGUGUAACAAGAGAUGCAUCUUUGCAUGAAGGUUAAGAUGACUAUUCAUCUAUAAGUGUAUUAUGACAAUAAAAAGGAAACCCUACACAGUUCUGUUGUAAACAUUUUUGUAAAUAUGUGGCUGAAAUACAGCAUUGUUAUCUUAAUGUUUCAAAGCCAAAUGUUAAUUGAUUGUAUUUGCCUUCCGUUUCAGAAUAUGCAAAAGGUCAAUCUUUAAUAACUUUGGUCUUAAAUGUUGGUUCUGAACAUGCAGAGCUCAGUGGGGAGCUCUGGAAGCUGACUUGCAGUCCUCCCAGGUUGUUCUCCUUGAGCCAUGUUCCAUGUGCAUCCUGAUGAGAAUGUAGCCUCUUGUCACUAACGUGGAAACUCUGUGAAAUACGCUCAGUUCACAAAAAACUGCAUUAGGGUGAGGUGCUGAUGUGAACCCUGUGACAUGUAACUUACCAGAAUUUGGCGCUUUGUUUUUAAACAGUUUGAAACUAAGCUUUCUUUGUUUACUCUGGAACUACGAAUUUACUUUUAUUUUUUACGGUAAUAAAAUGGAAACUUAAA